AUGGAGAUCUCCAAGAAAGCAGCAACACUGCUGCCAAAGCCCUUCUACGUGCUGAGUCAAGCCCUGAACCUCUCGAACAAGGACCACACAAAAUGGUGGUAUAGCACAGCUCCGAUGUUUGCCACCAUGAUGGCGGGGGCCGGCUAUGAUGUUCACGCACAGUACAAGUUCCUCUGUAUCCACCGUGAGGUCAUCAUCCCGGCGUUGGGUCCAUACCCAGAAAAGGGUCAGCCCAUGCACUGGAAGAGUCAUCUCACACGCUUCGGACUUCCUUUCGAGCUGAGCUUCAAUUACUCCAAAUCACUACUACGGUUUGCAUUCGAGCCCCUCGGUUCCCUGACGGGAACGAAGGAUGAUCCAUUCAACACCCAGGCAAUCAGGCCUGUUCUCCAGGACCUCAAGGCCAUGGUUCCAGGGCUUGACCUGGAAUGGUUCGAUCAUUUCACUAAAGCAUUGGUCGUUUCGGAGGAAGAGGCUCGGACUCUGCUAGAUCGAGAUAUUGAGAUCCCCGUCUUCAAGACACAGAACAAACUGGCAGCCGAUCUGGAGCCAUCUGGCGAUAUUGUCUUGAAGACCUACAUCUACCCGCGGAUCAAGUCGAUCGCGACCGGGACCCCAAAAGAGAGACUCAUGUUUGACGCAAUCAAGGCUGCCGACAAGUUUGGCAAAGUUGCCACUCCACUGGCAAUCCUCGAGGAGUUUAUAGCUGAGCGAGCACCCACCCUCCUCGGCCACUUUCUCUCAUGCGAUUUGGUCAAGCCGUCCGAGUCCCGAAUCAAGGUCUACUGUAUGGAACGCCAGCUCGACCUGGCCUCCAUCGAAGGUAUUUGGACUCUCAACGGGCGACGGAACGAUCCAGAGACACUGGAUGGUCUGGAUGCGCUGAGGGAGCUGUGGCAGCUAUUGCCCGUCACGGAGGGUCUGUGUCCACUGCCGAACUGCUUUUACGAGCCGGGUACCUCACCGCAGGAGCAGCUCCCCUUCAUUAUAAAUUUUACCUUGUCUCCUAAAAGCGCACUUCCCGAACCACAGAUCUAUUUCCCUGCUUUUGGGCAGAACGACAAAACCAUCGCGGAAGGAUUGGCCACCUUCUUUGAGAGCAGAGGUUGGGGUGGCUUGGCUAAGAGCUAUCCAGCGGAUUUGGCAUCCUACUAUCCCGAUGUGGACCUGCAGACCGCAAAUCACCUGCAGGCGUGGAUCUCCUUCUCUUACAAGGGGAAAAAACCGUACAUGAGUGUGUACCUCCAUACCUUCGAAGCGUUCAGUGCUGCUGCCCAGGAGGUGGCUAUGUGUCACGAUGGCCACAAUCCUUAG